AUGAAGGGAAAUGUGAGUGAUGAUAAAGAGGAAGGGGUGGAGUUAUCAGUGAUAGAUGUCCGCUUUAUUGACGAUGGGCGUCGUGGGAGGAACACAAAUGUUAGCAUCAUGGAUUCAUGGUUGCGUUUGAUACGCAUCAAUUCAAUAGCAGCAUAA